CUUCAUUUCCCUCCCUCAUUCCCCCUCCACCAAAAAAUAAAACAAAAAAAUCUGAGGCGACGUUAGGGUUUAUAUAGCUCGCUCUAACUAAGGACAUAGGUAAAGCAACAGGAAGAUGGGUUCGAGAGACAAGGACCAAACGACAUCGCAUCAUCAGCCCCUCCUUAGCAGCCUUGUCGUACGCCCUUCUGUCAGCGACGGCGGAGAUGGUGGCGGGGGCGGCCGCGCUGGUGGCAGCGACUACGAGCCCGGCGAGGUCCGCCGUGAGCAUCCCCCCUAUUCUCGUCCUGAUCGAUACGCUGAUGAUCCUGGAUAUAGAAUACAUGCAGGUUCUGGUUCGCCUGCACGUCAUAGGGAUGCAGAUCACCGGUACAGUUCUGAUUUUGAUCAUUCAGGGGGUCUACCUCGAGGUCGUGGAUUUGGUGGCGGGAGAGAUCCUGGUAGAUUUCGAGAUUCUUCACCCCCUUAUGCUCGAGGAAGGGUUGGUGGCAGACCACCUGGUAGAGGUUUUGAGGGGCCUGGAUUUGGUCCGGGGCCUUUUAGAGGGGAGGGCAUCAGUAGGAAUAAUCCCAAUAUACGCCCAAGAGAAGGAGAUUGGAUUUGCUCUGAUAACUUAUGUGGCAACCUGAACUUUGCAAGGAGAGAGUAUUGUAACAACUGUAAGAGGCCUCGAUAUGGACAUGGGGGAAGUCCUCGGAGGGGAUAUCCUGGCCCUCCACCACCACAACCCCCUCCUAGACGCUUCCCUGGUCCUCCAUUGGAUAUUUCCCCUGGCAGGACUAUGAAUGGCUAUAGGUCUCCUCCUCGUGGCUGGGCCAGAGAUGGCCCUAGAGAUUUCGGGCCUGGUGGUCCUCCUCCUCCCAGACACGGAGGCAGGUUUUCUGAUCAUGACAUUCGGAGAGGUCGGCCUGAUUAUCCUGAUGAUGACUACCGGGGAAGGAACAAAUUUGAUAGGCCAAUGCCAGUGGAUUGGGGUCAUAGAGACCGAGGAAGGGAUAACUUUUUUAAUGAUAGAAAAGGGUUUGAGAGGCGGUUACCUUCUCCACCUCUGCCGCCACCGCCGCCACCACUACCACUUCCUCAUCAACGUGGUCGAUGGGGGCGGGAUGUGAGAGAGAGGAGCAGAUCUCCAAUUAGGGGUGGCCCACCAGCAAAAGACUAUGGACGAGAUGAUCGACGUGGUAUGGGACGAGACAGGAUGGGAGAUGUGUAUUAGUGGAGUUAGCAAGGGUUGGACCUUGCAUGAGUAUGUGGGUACAGUAGGCAUGUUCUGUCAUUUGUGUGGUGAGAAAAGAUUCUAUGACAGCUUUUCUGAACUGAUUAAUGUACACAUGUUAGGACUUGAUUUAUUGCUUCAACUUUUCAUUCCCUUCAACGUGUAUGAUGAUUGUGAGAUUUGGAGCAGCUUUAAAGCCCCUUUCAUUUUGAGAA